AGCUGCUCUCCUCUUUCCCCCUCCAGUUGUUGCCUCAGCUACAGAGACCACUUUAAAUGUAGGACCAGGACAAGAUGGCGGAUUUAUCUUUGCUUCAGGAAGACUCACAGGAGGAGAUAGACGGAUUUGGUGUGGAUGACUACAACUCAGAGUCUGACGUCAUUAUUAUACCUUCAGCCUUGGACUUUGUAUCGCAAGAUGAGAUGCUGACGCCUCUGGGAAGACUGGAUAAAUACGUCGCGAGUGAAAAUAUUUUUAACAGGCAAAUGGUGGCUCGAAGCUUGCUGGACACUUUAAAGGCCGUGAGUGAGGAUGAGAGGGACUGUAUCGCUGUCCUAGAGAGAGUUGGCAGGCUGGCCGACGACUCGGAGCCUACUGUUCGAGCGGAGUUAAUGGAACAAGUCCCUCAUAUCGCCAUUUUCUGUCAAGAGAACAGACCUUCCAUUCCUUUUGCAUUCUCCAAGUAUUUACUACCAAUAGUCGUGAGAUACCUCGCUGACCAGAACAACCAGGUCCGGAAGACCAGCCAGGCAGCCCUCCUGGUGCUGUUGGAGCAGGAGCUCAUCGACAGGGGGGACAUCGAGACGCAGGUCUGUCCCGUCCUGGUCGACCUGACAGCCCCCGACAGCAACGACGAUGUCAAGACGGAGGCCAUGGCGAUAAUCUGUAAAAUGGCUCCGAUGGUGGGGAAGGACAUCACGGAGCGCCUGUUCCUGCCGCGGUUCUGCGAGAUGUGCUGCGACUGCAGGAUGUUCCACGUGCGCAAGGUUUGUGCAGCCAAUUUCGGGGACAUCUGCAGCGUGGUCGGAGGGGAGGCGACGGAGGAGCUGCUGCUGCCCCGCUUUUUCCAGCUCUGCUCGGACAAUGUGUGGGGGGUGCGGAAGGCCUGCGCCGAGUGCUUCAUGACCGUUUCCGCAGCCACCUCUCAGGAAGUGCGCAGGACCAAGCUCUCCUCCCUCUUCAUCAGCCUCAUCAGCGACCCUUCCCGAUGGGUGCGGCAAGCUGCCUUCCAGUCCCUGGGCCAGUUCAUCUCUACGUUCGCCAGUCCGUCUACUGUGGGCCAGUACUUCAGGGAGGAGGAGGAGGGGGACUGCAGCUGUACCCACCCACAGAACAGCAACGAGUCGCCGCCGAAUGCAGACGCAGCAGUGAGGGAGCCGUCGCCCGGCCUCGCUGCGGAGGGAGACUCAGACGGGAGGGCGGGGAGCCCCCCUCAUACCGUGGAGGAAGGGGAGGCCGGCGCCCCGCACCCGAACGACGUCGCCCGGGAAUCUCCCCUGCACUGCGACGCCGAGCCGCUGCAGUUCCGCCGCACCGAGGAAGGCAGCGUGGAUGUGGCGGUGGAGGGGGGCGGCGAGCAGGCCGCCGACGACCUCGCCCCGGAGGCGCCCUGCGACGCGGAGGCGGAGGACACGCCCCCGCCGGGCCCGGCAGAGCCGGACCCGGACCCCGCCCCCGCCCCCCCACUGCGGGACCCCGAGGACGGAGCGCGGGACCGGGACGCCCCGCGGGGAGCUGACCCAGCCACCACAGAGAAGCACACGGGCCCGGCGGAGGAGGAGAAGCCGGUCGCCCCUUCGCCCUCGCCGUCAGAGCCGGUCUCCCCGGGAGACGCCAUCCCCGAGCAGGAACUGUACAAUUCCUUCCAUUACUGGAGGACUCCCAUCCCCAGCAUUGACCUGGACCUGGAGCUGCAGGAGAGGGCUGGCUGCGGUGACCCCGGCAGCGGCUCCGGCCAGGCCACCGCCCCCACCCUGGGCAGGAAGGAGCUGGAGGAGAUGAUCGAGAACCUCGAGCCGCACAUCGACGACCCUGAUGUGAAAGCACAAGUGGACGUGCUGACCGCGGCCCUCAGAGCGACGGUGCUGGACUCCCACCUGGAGGACGGCUCCCAGGAGCCCCAGGACGCAGAGGGGCCCCGGGACAACCCCUUCUCCGUCAACAACGUGCCUUUGAUCGUGGACUCCGCGGACAUCGAGUGCGGGGAGUCGGCCCUGCAGAUGAGCCUUGGCGAGGACUCUGAGCUGAGCUACGGCAGCCUGAGUCCUGAGGAGGAGAGGAAGUCCAAGCAGCAGGACGUGGUCCCGCAGGCUCUGCUGGACCAGUACCUGUCCAUGACCGACCCGUCGCGAGCGCAGACGGUGGACAUGGAGAUCGCCAAGCACUGCGCCUACAGCCUCCCGGGCGUGGCCCUCACCUUGGGCCGGCAGAACUGGCACUGCCUCCGGGACACCUACGAGACGCUGGCCUCGGACAUGCAGUGGAAGGUCCGCAGGACGCUGGCCUUCUCCAUCCACGAGCUCGCCCUCAUCCUGGGGGACCAGCUGACCGCCGCCGACCUGGUGCCCAUCUUCAACAGCUUCCUCAAGGACCUGGACGAGGUGCGGAUAGGGGUCCUCAAACACCUCUACGACUUCCUGAAGCUUUUGCACCAGGAGACCCGUCGCAAAUAUCUUUACCAGCUGCAGGAGUUCCUGGUCACAGACAACAGCCGCAACUGGCGCUUCAGAUCAGAGCUGGCUGAACAGCUGGUCCUGCUGCUGGAACUCUACAGCGGUCAGGACGUCUACGACUACCUGCGGCCUCUCGCCUUUAGUUUGUGCACAGACAGAGUGUCCUCUGUUCGGUGGAUCUCCUACAAGCUGGUAAGCGAGAUCAUCCGGAAGCUCUCCUCAAACCCGGCGCUGGUGGCGGAUUUCAUGGCUGAGCUGGUCGACAAGUUCUGUCACUCUCCAAAGUGGUCUGGGCGCCAGGCCUUCGCCUUCGUUUGCCAGCUGGUGAUCGAGGACGACUGCGUGUCGCUGGAGCAGUUCUGCGAGCACCUGCUGGCCCCGCUGCUGCAGCUGGCGUCCGACCCCGUGCCCAACGUCCGGGUCCUGCUGGCCAAGACCAUCCGCCAGAGCCUGCUGGAGAGAGAAUACUUCCUGCAUUCUGCGAACUCGCACCAGGAGGCGCUGGAGCAGACGCUGGUGGCCCUGCAGAUGGACCUGGACAAGGACGUGAAGUACUUCGCCAGCGUGCACCCGGGCAGCACGCGCAUCAGCGAGGACGCCAUGAGCACGGCCUCAUCCACGUACUGAAGCACAGGAGCGCCGCACCGCGCGGCCACCGGCACUACACGCGCGCGCGCGUCUGCGGGACGGAGGGGGGUGGCGCUUCUCCUCCCAGACUCACUACUACAAAGAUAUCUUUCGUGCUUUGAUUUGCCACAGAAGCCUUAAAAGUGUCUUCCUUAACCAGAAAAAAAGAAAUACUUGAAUGUCCAGAGCCGAUUCAGUCAAAGCAAAGGGAGAAAAUCGAGUCUCAGAUUGGUCCUCCCUCUUCUCUCUCUCUCUCUCUCUCUCUCUCUCUCUCUCUCUCUCUCUCUCUCUCUCU